AAAAAACUUAGCCCGAAGACAAAGCUCACCUUUCAUGGCUUCCUUCUAAUCACUAAUACCACCACCAGAUCCCCUCUCUCUCAUUUCUUUAAUCCAUCCCCAAAUCUCCGUUGUCGGAGCUUUCUCCUUGUACCGUUCCCCAAAAUCAACCACCUCCGAUUUUCGAUCCUCUUCUGAGCCCCAAAAUGCCGCGGUUCCCACUCUACCUCCUCCUCUGCUGCGCCGCGGCGGCGGCAUCGCUUUCAACACUCUCGGCCGGCGAAGUGCCGACCUGCUCCGGGAUCGUUCCGAUGAGCUACCGGAGCGAUAACAUUUCGAUUGCCGACUUCGGCGGCGUCGGGGACGGGAAGACGCUCAACACCAAGGCGUUUAAGGAGGCGAUUUACAGGAUUCAGCAUUUGAAGAGGGGCGGCGGCGGCACUCUGCUCUACAUACCGGCGGGGGAGUACUUGACGGAGAGCUUCAACCUCACCAGUCACAUGACUCUCUACCUGGCUACAGGCGCUGUUAUCAAGGCCACUCAGGUCGAAACUACGAAUUGGCCGGUGGUUGCUCCUCUGCCAUCUUAUGGAAGAGGAAGAGAGCUCCCUGGUGGCAGGUACACGAGCUUCAUUCAUGCUGAUGGAGUACACGACGUGAUCAUAACAGGCGAGAAUGGCACAAUCGACGGGCAAGGAGACGUCUGGUGGAACAUGUGGAAGCAGCGGACGCUUCAGUAUACCAGACCGGGCCUGGUCGAGUUCAUGAAUUCACAUGACAUAAUCAUUUCCAAUGUCACCUUCAAGAACUCUCCCUUUUGGAACAUUCACCCUGUUUACUGCAGCAACGUUGUGGUUCGAUAUGUUACCAUCUUGGCUCCCCAUAACUCUCCUAACACCGAUGGAGUCGAUCCAGAUUCAAGCUCCAACGUGUGCAUAGAAGACUCCUACAUCUCCACCGGCGACGACCUCGUCGCCGUGAAGAGCGGCUGGGACCAGUACGGCAUCGCCUUCAACCGACCCAGCACGGACAUCACAAUCCGCCGCAUCACGGGCUCAUCCCGUUUCGCCGGAAUCGCCGUCGGCAGCGAAACCUCCGGCGGCGUGAAAAACGUCCUCGCCGAGAACAUCAACCUCUACAACAUGGGCGUGGGGAUCCACAUCAAAACCAACACGGGCAGGGGAGGCUACAUCAGAAACAUCACCGUGUCCAACGUCUACAUGGAAGACGUCCGGACCGGGAUCAGAAUCGCCGGCGACGUCGGCGGCCACCCGGACGGCAAUUUCAACCCGACCGCUCUCCCCGCCGUCGAAGGGCUGACCCUCGACGGCAUUUGGGGUCAGAGGAUUGGUCAGCCCGGUUUGAUUCGCGGGUUGAAGGAUGCUCCGUUUAAGAGAGUUUGUUUGUCGAAUGUCAAUUUACAUGUCGUUCGGAGGAAGAGUGGGAAAAAUAAUAAUACGCUGCUGACGUGGAAAUGCUCUGAUGUCAGCGGUGGUUCCUUUCUGGUCAGCCCUUCUCCUUGCUCUGAGCUCGCUUCCAGUAAUGGCGCCACCGACUCUUGCUCCGAUCACUUCCGAAAUCUCUGAUCGGUUUCAGUUUCCGUUGCUCUGUUGGCGAUGAUCCAACUCCGAUUUCGACUGUAAAUUAUUGGAUAAAUUU